AUGGACGGAAAAUCUCCCGUAGAAAUCGGCGCCAUUGCUGCUAUUCUCGCUCCUGUUCUCAAACUCUCGGCCGACCCUUUCGAUUUACUCGAGAGGAGCAAUAAGACCCCUUCACAGCGCAAUGUACCGUUUAAUACGCGGAUUCACCACUUCACAUGGGCCUGGUAUCUCCCAGUAAUGGGUACUGGCGGAAUUGCCGUGCAGCUUCACCUACUUCCUUAUCGAUUUCAAGGACUUGACACGAUCGGAACCGUUAUAUUCCUAAUAUCCGUCGCCAUAUUCUGCUUGACCAGUACGGGUUUGUUGAUUCGGUUUUCAUUGUGGAAGAACACCCUUCCGAAUAGCAUCCGACAUCCAACUGAGGGGUUGUUCACGGCGGCGUUCCUUCUCUCGGUCGCUACGAUUCUGAUUAAUACAUGCAACUACGGCGUCGGACACAUAGGAGAGCCUUCGCAUGAUAAUUGGCUGUCAAGAGCGAUUGAGGUACUAUUCUGGAUCUACACAUUCGUUUCAAUAAUACUAGCAAUCGCGCUUUCCUAUUUCAUUAUCUCCCGAGAAUCACACACCCCGCAAGCCGCAACUCCAGCAUGGGCGCUACCUUGUUUUCCAGCUAUGCUUGUCGGCUCCGUCGGUGCAACCGUGUCGCGUACAUUAUCAACUGUGCCUGGAAACCACGGCCGCGUAUUCCCGAUAAUCAUUACAAGCAUUCUACUUCAAGGGUUCGGCAUCCUCAUUUCGCUAAUGUUCAUCACCAUCUUUCUCAAGCGGCUUAUGCUAUUCCGACUCCCAUCCCCUAAUCUACGACCCGGAAUGUUUAUGGCUGUUGGCCCACCCGGAUUCACGUCCUUCACAAUUGUAGCGCUAGGACAACUUGGACAGACAGAGUUUCGGCCCUCGGAUUUUGGGACGUCAGCGAACUUCAACGUUGGCGAUGCGUUUUACGUGACGUGCUUGCUAACGGGCAUGCUUUUCUAUGGCCUGGCAGGAUGGUGGCUGCUAGUAUCUGCGACCGCAGUUAUCGCCGGAGCAAGCCAAAAGCAUGUCCUUAGGAAGAAAAAAGUCGACUUUGAUUUCCAUUUGUCAUGGUGGGCAUUCCUGUUCCCUAAUACAGGGUUUAUCGGGGCUACUAUUCUCUUGGGCGAUAUCUUUUCGAGCGUAGCAGUGAAGUGGGUCGGAACUGCUCUCGUGAUCAUCGAAUGCGCGGUUUGGCUGAUGUUGAUAGUCCAAACGCCGCUAGCCGUAUGGAGGGGACGACUGAUGGUGCCUGGGAAGGACGAGGACGCAAAUGUCGAAGGGUUUACGAAGGAAGACGAAAUUAAGAGAUGGUAA